CCACCACUCACCGCUUCUGCACCCCUACUCCUCCUCGCCCGCCCGUCCAAGCGCCGCAUGGGAGCCGGCCAGUCUUCCGGCGCCGGCGCCGGCGGGCAGGCGCGGCCCGGGCGCGAGCUGACGAGCGACGGCGUGGACAAGCAGGACUACUACGGCCUGCUGGGCCUCGACGUCGCGGCGUCCGAGGGCGAGAUCCGCAAGGCGUACCGCAAGCUGGCGCUCAAGUACCAUCCCGACAAGAACCCCGACGACGUCGAGGGCGCCAACGAGCGCUUCCGCCUCAUCUCGGCCGCGCACGAGGUGCUGUGCGAUGCACAGGAGCGCGCCUGGUACGACGGGCACCGCGAGAGCAUCCUGCGCGGCGAGCUCGACGACGACGACGAGGGCGGCGAGGGCGCCGCAGACGCCGGCUGGGACGAGACGCAGUUCGCCGCCUUCCGCGCCGGCACGGCACAGGCACAGGCGCCGGGCAGCUCGAGCGCCGGCCUGACGCCGCGGCACAUCCUGCGCUUUCUCGAUCCGACACUCAUCCUCUCGCUGCCCACGACGGGGCACAAGGCCGACGACGACGCCGGCUUCUAUGGCACCUUCCGGCGCCUGUUCGAGCGCAUCGCCGCCGAAGAUGCCGCCGCCGCGCCGUACGCCGGCGAGGCACCCGCCGAGCAGCUGGCGUUCCCGUCCUUUGGCUACUCGCACACGCCCUGGCUGCACGCCAAGGGCGAGGCGCCGCAGCUGGGCCAGACGCAGAUGCGCGACUUCUACCAGGCCUGGGCGGGCUACUCGACGCGCAAGGCGUUUGGCUGGAAGGACCGCUGGAAGCUGAGCGAUGCGCCGGACCGCAGAGUCAAGCGAUUGAUGGAGAAGGAGAACAAGCAGGCGCGCGACGUCGGGCGGCGCGAGUACAAUGAGGCAAUCCGCUCGCUCGUCGCCUUUGUCCGCAAGCGCGACCCGCGCUUCAAGGCGCACCAAGCCGCGCUCGCCGCCGGGCCCAGCGAGGCAGAGCUGCAGCGUCGGCGCGACGAGGCUGCGGCGCGCCGCCUGGCCGAGGAGGAGCUGGCACGCACGUAUGUGCCGCAGGCAUGGGAGCAGCAGGCGCCGGUCGAGGUCGACUCGGAGUUCGAGGAGGACUCGGAGAUGUCAGGCAGCGAAGUGGGUUCAGAUGAGGAGGAGCUGGAGCAGGCGGAUGAGGUGGAGGAGGAGGAAGAGGAGGAAGAGGAGCCGGAUAGCUUUGAGUGCUUUGCGUGCGACAAGGUCUUCCGCACGCAGCCGGCGCUGGAGAAUCACGAGAAGAGCAAGAAGCACCGCCAAGAGGUCUACCGCCUGCAGCGCGAGAUGCGCAAGCAGGACAAGGAGCUCGGCCUGGACAAGGAAGCGGUGGGAGAGGAGGAGCCGGUCAUCCAAAUGGCCUCGCUCUCAUUGGAGAUCAACGACGCAAACGGCACGCCUGCGCCGGCAGCCGACGCUGCGGAGCCGCUCGACCCGACCGCAGGCCUGAGCAAGAAGGCGCGGCAAAAGCUCAAGAAGCGCGCUGCCGGGCGUGGCGGCGCCGGCCUCGACGAGGACGGCUACUGGGCCGAGUCGCUGCCUGUCUCGUCGGGCGCGGCGUCGCCUGCGACGCGCGAGACGGACACACCGGAAAGCGCGGCUGAGGACGCCACGCCUGCCGCAGCUGCUGCGGAGGAGGCGGAGUCGCAGCCCGCCAAAGGCCGCAAGUCGCGCCGCAACAAGAAGGACGCUGCGCCGGGCGGCGCUGCCGCUGCUCCCAUCACGUGCAAUGUCUGCAGCUCGAGCUUCGACUCGAAGAGCAAGCUCUUCCGCCACGUCGAGGAGACGGGCCACGCGCGCGCCGCGUCUGCGGCGCCGGAGGACGACGACGAUGGACCGGGCGCAGGCGGACGGAAAGGCAACAAGAAGAAGGGCAGACGGAGGGAAUAGAUGCUCGUCUGGGCGACGCAAAGGCAACGUACAUGCAUUGCGCUGGACAAAGGGUGACGGUGCUAGAACAACGGUGACGUUGAGACUCCCGGCGACCAGCGCCGAGCCGCUGCUGGUCGAGCGCGCCUCGAGCGCCGCGGCGAGCUCGUUGAAAGGGGCCGCCCGGCACGGCUCGAGGACUGGCUGCUCUAGUGCGCCGCUGCCUCCUUCGUCCGAGGCAUCGGCGGCCAUUCGGGCGAGCCA